CUCUCUUUCUUGUUUCCCCACUUCAGACAGGCAGAAUUGACAAGUCCUACCCAACAGUGUGUGGCCACACAGGACCAGUGCUGGACAUAGACUGGUGUCCUCAUAAUGACCAGGUCAUCGCCAGUGGCUCUGAGGACUGCACUGUCAUGGUGUGGCAGAUUCCCGAGAACGGACUCACCCUGUCCCUGACGGAACCGGUGGUAGUGUUAGAAGGCCAUUCCAAGAGAGUCGGCAUUGUGGCUUGGCAUCCGACGGCACGCAACGUGCUGCUCAGUGCAGGUUGUGAUAAUGCAAUCAUCAUCUGGAACGUGGGAACAGGUGAAGCCCUCAUAAACUUGGAUGACAUGCAUGCGGAUAUGAUUUACAAUGUGAGCUGGAAUCGCAAUGGCAGCCUAAUCUGUACAGCUUCCAAAGACAAAAAAGUUCGAAUUAUUGACCCCAGGAAACAAGAAAUUGUUGCUGAGAAAGAGAAAACCCACGAGGGAGCCCGGCCCAUGCGAGCCAUUUUCCUCGCCGAUGGAAACAUCUUCACGACUGGCUUCAGCCGCAUGAGCGAACGGCAGCUUGCCCUCUGGAAUCCAAAAAACAUGGAGGAGCCAAUAGCUCUUCAUGAGAUGGACACCAGCAAUGGGGUCCUGCUGCCAUUCUACGAUCCAGAUACCAACAUUAUUUACUUGUGUGGCAAGGGUGACAGCAGCAUUCGCUACUUUGAGAUCACAGAUGAAUCCCCUUACGUUCACUACCUCAACACCUUCAGCAGCAAAGAGCCGCAGAGGGGCAUGGGGUUCAUGCCAAAGAGGGGCCUCGAUGUGAACAAGUGUGAGAUUGCCAGGUUCUUCAAGCUUCACGAGAGGAAAUGUGAGCCCAUCAUCAUGACGGUUCCUCGAAAGUCGGACCUCUUCCAGGAUGACCUGUACCCUGAUACAGCUGGGCCAGAAGCAGCUCUGGAAGCAGAGGAGUGGUUUGAGGGGAAGAAUGCUGAUCCCCUUCUCAUUUCCUUGAAGCAUGGGUACAUUCCAGGCAAGAACAGGGAUCUCAAGGUGGUCAAGAAGAACAUACUGGACAACAAACCUGCCGCAAACAAGAAAAGUGAUCUCAUAAAUGCUCCAAAGAAAGCAGCUGAUGCCUCAAACACUCAAAACGAAGCCAAAUUGGAUGAGAUUUUGAAAGAGCUGAAAUCUAUAAAAGACACGAUCACCAACCAAGACGAGCGCAUUUCCAAGCUGGAGCAGCAGAUGGCAAAGAUCGCGGACUGAGCGGGGCGAGCGGUGCUGGCCCCAUCGCCAGCCCAGGCACAUUCCAGUUCCCCAGUUCGGCAAGCAGCAGCCUGCAGCAUUCCAGUACGAGCUUUCCUGUUCUAAAUUCACGUCAACGAGAGCUGAUGAUUAAAAGCCAAGCUUUUUAGUGAAAGAUUUUUUUUUUCCCUGAUGUUUUAAUGAAUUUAUGUGACUGUGUCAAGUCAAAAAGAAUAAGUGCUACUUUUACAGUCUUUUUUUUUUUUUUCAGAUGUUAUGAAUUCUUGAAAACAAAUUCAUUCUGACUUUCAAUGUUGUGCCCAAAUAUCUUUUUCUAGAUUUAGGGACCAAUGCCACAUUGUUCUUAACCAUUUUCUAAAGUUGCCAAAAAAAA